CUUAAGUUUAUUGGAAGAAACUGAGCAAGAAGCCACAUCCUGUUCAUCUGCGGUGCUAUAACCCCUGAAGUGUUGUCUCCUGUCUCAUUCUGUGGCACUCCUCUUCAGAAUUGCUGUGCACGGAAGUCUGCAGAUUGCGUUUAGUUGGAGCCAUGGCGCGGUCUAAAGCAAAAGUUUAUCUCUGUUGCGCGCUGAUUCUGAUCAGCUUUAUCUCCGUGAUUGUGUGUAUAGCUGUGUUUACGAGACCCAGGUGUCCUUUCUCUAAAGCAGCAGUAGCCACAGACUCAGAGAUAUGCUCGGGAAUUGGAAGGGCCAUACUUAAAGAAAAAGGGGGCUCUGCAGUAGAUGCUGCUAUUGCCGCGCUGCUGUGCACUUUUGUGGCAAAUCCGCACAGUGCGGGGAUUGGAGGGGGCACCAUAUUCACAGUGAUGGACAGCUCUGUUAUUGUGUUUGACAUUUUUAAAGGUGAUGUCAGAAUCAUCAACUCCAGAGAGGCAUCGCCUACAAAAGUGAAAUCUGACUUGCUGAAGUCCUGUCCUGAGGAGAGCAUGACAGAUGUGAAAUGGAUUGGAGUUCCAGGAGAAAUUCGUGGAUAUGAAGCGGCUCACAAGCUGUAUGGAAAGUUGCCCUGGGCAGAUCUCUUUCAGCCCGCCAUCAAGCUGGCAAGAGAGGGAAUUCCCAUCUCUGAUUUCCUCCAUUCACACAUUGAGAAUAUCCCAAAUUCAAAUGAGACCCAGUCUUUACGAAAAUUAUUUACAGACAACAACAAUAACUUUCUUAAAGCUGGAGACUUUGUCAAGUUUGAGAAACUGGCCGACACUCUGGAGAUGAUUGCAAACCAAGGACCAGAUGUCUUCUAUACUGGAAAAAUAGCAGAAGAUUUAGUCCAGGAUGUGAAGGCAGCAGGAGGAACACUUGAGCUGCAGGACCUGGCAUCAUACAAGGCUACCUUGACUGACGCAUGGAAUGUGUCUAUGGGGGAGUAUCGGAUGUACUUCCCCCCACCGCCUGCAGCAGGAAGCCUCCUCACCCUCAUCCUCAACAUCAUGAGAGGAUUCCCGUUAAAUCCAGACAGUCUGACUGGGAAAGAAAAGACACUGUUUUAUCAUCGUUACAUUGAAUCUUUCAAGUUUGCAAAUGGACUCAAGAAAUACAUUCGAGAUCCAAGGUUCACCUCAGAAAAGAGGGCGAAGGAAUUCACAGAAGAAAGCUUUGCCAACUACAUACGAAGCUUUAUAACAGAUGACAAGACGCAUGAGCUCCAGUUUUACAACGUUACCCCACACCUGGACAGCACUGGCACCACGCAUGUGUCGGUGCUACAUGAAGACGGAUCUGCCGUUGCUGUCACCAGCACCAUAAACUACAUUUUUGGGUCCAGGGUUGUGUCUCCAAGAACAGGCAUCAUCCUGAAUAAUGAGCUGAGAGACUUUUGCGGGAGAGCAGACAGCAUCUUACCUGGGGAGCGUCCCCCCUCAUCCAUGUCCCCCGUUGUGCUGAAGUCUAAAUCAAGGACACUUACGAUUGGAGGAUCUGGUGGGGGCAGGAUUACGACUGCAAUGGCAUCGGCUCUCAUUAACCACCUAUGGUUAGGAAAAAGUCUUAAGGACGCCAUUUAUACUUCUAUUGCUGUUGUGGACUCUGAAAAUGCAGUGGAUUUUGAACGUGACUUUGACAAGGAUGUGAUUGAGGGUCUUAAAGCACUGGGACACAACCAUACAACGCUCCGAAAAUUUUACAACAGUGUUAACGCUGUGGAGAAAAAGGACGGCUGCAUCUUUGCUGUGUCUGAUUUCAGAAAAAAGGGAAAGCCAGAUGGUUACUGAGCUCACAUGUGAUGAAUGUCAUUGUUAGGAAUGAUUAGAAACAGAAUAGUUAGACACUCCCUUUUGCAUUUUAUUAAACUAACUUUUACCUUUUAUUCCAUUAAUGGCUUAACCUCGAUUUACUAUGUAUUAUCUCAAAAUUAUAUUACACUCCAGACAGAGCACAACCAAGACUAUUGUCUCGCAACAUUCCUUUAACAUCCUCCCUUUUUCAUCUUUGUGUGUUCUGGUG